CGCGAUUCGGCGCGCCGGGCUGUGUCGGCCAUUACUUUGUGCUUUAUGAUGCUGUAGCGUGGCGUGGGUAUAUACCUUCAGUUCUUUUACUUAGUAUUUGAUCUGAACUGUGAGAAGUGUAAUAAAAUCAUUUGUGGAUAAAAUGGGUGACCCGGGUGAUUAUAGCAGUGGUUACUCAGCUCAAUAUUCCGUGCCACCUCCUGCUAUGGCUUCUGGUGACAAUAGUUACUCUGGUUCCGGACAAGGAUACCAAAGCAGUUAUUCUGCUGGCCAAAAUCAAGAUUGGAAUCAACAGAGCUCUGGCGGUGGUAACUCAUAUGGAGGUAGCCAACAAGGGGGCAAUUAUGGCCAGAGCUAUGAUUCGAACUAUGGCAGUAGUGGUUACGAUCGUAGCAACAGCAGUAAUUACAAUGUGAGUGGCGGCGAUCGUGGAAGCAGUUACUAUGGAGGUGGUGAUCGCGGCAGUUCCAACUACGGUGGAGACAGAGACCGUGGUGACAGACAAGGCUAUUCCGGCGGAGGCAACGGUGACCGGGGAGGGUAUGGAGGAGGUGAUAGAAGCUACAAUAGAGAUGGGGGUACGAGAGACGGGGGAUAUGGUGGCGGCGGCAGGGGGGGUGGUUAUAAUAAAGGUGGUGGCGGUGGAUUUGGUGGUGAUCGGGGAGGAGGCGAUAUGGUAACACAAGAAGACACCAUAUUUAUUCAAGGCAUGAACCCAUCAACAACGGAAGAUGAAUUAUGUCAACAUUUUGGAUCUAUUGGGAUAAUCAAGACGGAUAAGAAAACUCAAAGACCAAAGGUGUGGAUGUACAAAGAUAAAGUAUCCGGACAACCAAAAGGAGAAGCUACAGUCACUUAUGAGGAUUCUAAUGCUGCAUCUUCGGCAAUUCAAUGGUUUGACGGAAAAGAUUUCAAUGGAGCUACCAUCAAGGUUUCACUCGCACAACGCCAGAAUACUUGGGGUGGUAACAAAGGUGGUGGCGGUGGCGGCGGCUUCCGCGGAGGUCGUGGUGGCGGCGGCGGUGGCCGUGGCGGCGCUGGCGGCGGCGGACCUCGCGGAGGAGGCGGCGGAGGUGGAGCCAGUAGCGGAGGCGGCGGCGGCCCACCUUCAGGAAAUAGAGCUGGAGACUGGAGAUGCCCAAACCCCAGUUGUGGGAAUACUAACUUUUCGUGGAGAAAAGCAUGUAACAGGUGCAAUGAAGAGAAACCCGAAGGUGCUGGAGGUGGUGGCGGACCACCCUCUGGCGGAAACGGACGUGGUGGUGGCGGCGGCGGCCCGCCUGGCCGCGGUGGGCGCGGCGGCGGCGGCGGCAGAGGCGGUGGCGGCUGGGGAGGCGGCGGUCGCGGAGGCGAUCGUGGCGGAGAUCGCGGUGGUGACCGCCGCAGCUAUGGAAGCGGCGGCGGCAGCGGCGGCGGGGACCGCAGUGGGGGCGGCGCCAUGAGGGGAGAUGGCGGCAGCAGAGACCGUCAGAGACCAUACUAAGAAGACAUAGAAUAUUUCUUAAUAUUAUGUCGGUUGUGUAAUGAAGUGUUAUUUUGACUAAUGUUUACUGAUCUACACUCAUUCCGAGCUAAAUUUUUAAAUGAUUUAACGACGUUACAAAGUAUAAAGAUAAGAAGUUAUUGUCAAUUGUUCGUAAACAUACAGUAAAUUUGCAAUUUUAUGCAAAUAUUCUUAAACACAAGGCGUAUCAACAAAACAAUAUUAUUUUUCUCAAUGUAGCCCCUUAGUUGUUCAAAUAAAUCUCACUAAUUUCACAAUUGUGUUUUUAGGUAAGUCAGAAUUUACAGAUUAGUAAGAGGAUUAUUUUGACUGGUGGAUAAGAUUCUUUAUUAUUACGACGGUUAAGAUAUAUUACAAAA